AUAUUAAUGAAUGUGACAGUUUAACUGAUAUUUGCAACUCGACAAACACAGUUUGUGUAAACAGCAUUGGAAGCUAUUAUUGUUAUAACGUUUAUUUAGGAGAGUGGAACACAUGGAGUGAAUGUAGUGAAACGUGUGGAUCUGGUUAUAAAUACAGCAUUUUAAAUGCACAGUCUCAAUUCCAACAAGAAGCCAAACGAAGCCUAUCAUGCAUGAACAAAAAGUGUUCAGUUGAUGGGAAUUGGAGCAAUUGGACCACCUAUAAAUCAUGUUCAAACUUAUGUGGUAUUUGUUUUACAAAACAAGAAAGGUAUUGUAACAAUCCUGUACCAGAUGGCGGACAUGAUUGUUUUGGUAAUAAUGUUCAAUAUCAUGAAAAUAAUACAAUAUGUAGAGUGAAUGGUGGUUGGACACAAUGGUCUUCAUGGUCAUUAUGCAGUCAGCCAUGUCAAGGUGGUGUAAAAACAAGGUAUCGUAGCUGCAAAAAUCCAGUACCAAAAUAUGGAGGUUUGCCGUGCAAUGGAAAUAAUACAGAUAAAGUUCCAUGUUAUUCAGAUAAAUGCAAAAACGUUACAGUCAACUUUGGUAUUUUUUUAACAGAUGAAGGUUAUAUAGCGCAGUAUUCAGAUCUGCCUGAUAAAGUAUAUAAAUCACUGGAAGACAAAAUUAAAACUGCAAUAGGAAACGUUUAUAACAAGUUCAAUAAAACUGUACCAUUCAACUUAAAGUUGAGUUCCAUCAAGUACCAGGAGAUAGGGUUGCCAGAAGUCCCACUAUCAUGGAUGAUCCCAUACAUACACUAAGCAACCUGAAAAAUUGGUUAUGAUCUGUUCCACACCUACUUUUUAUACCGAGUGUUUGGCAAAUUUAUUUCAUUUCAAUAAGUAGUUAUAGCAAAAGAUUUCAUAGAUUUCAUUAAACGAUUGGAGCUAUAACUUUUAGAG